ACUGCAGCGUGUUAUAUUGCGUAUUCACAAGAGGAUCCACUGUCUAAAUUUUGUAUUCAAAGAAUGAUCAGACAUGGGCAACGACGUAUUGGUUCUAAGACAGCUCGAGCCAUGUGUACGUGGUCACAUUUUCGUUUUCAGCAACAUCUGGCCCAUAAAGCACAUGAACAUCUAUGGUGUCGAAUAAUUAUUUGUACAGAAGAAUAUACAA